AUGUCUUCUGCUGCGUCAUCACUUGAUGGAAAGAAUAGAAAUCCAAUAGUCUAGGCUGCUAGAAAAACACUAAAGGACAAUAGCUUUGAGAAAUAAAGAAGAAAGCAAGAGCUAGAUGAUACUAUUGAGGAUGAAAUAGACAGCUACGAAGUGUUUGAUAUGCUUCGCCAUAUUAAUGAUCCAGAGCAUCCAUUAACUUUGGAACAAUUAAAUGUUGUCACCCCAGAGUUGAUCAGUGUUGAUAAUAGAAAUGAUCUGGUUAAAGUUUGUUUUACACCCACUAUCCCUAACUGCACAAUGGCCACACUUAUAGGAUUAAUGAUCAGAGUCAAGCUCCAUAGAUCCCUUCCUAGUAGAUUCAAGGUUGAUGUUAUGAUCGAAAAGGGCAAACAUGAUACAGAAUAAGAAAUUAAUAAAUAGCUUAACGAUAAAGAAAGAGUCCUCGCUGCACUAGAAAAUGCAAAUCUAUCUAUUAAAUUAAAAUUGAGAUUUAAUUUGCUAAUUUAAAAUUUUAAAAUGACAUCAAACUUCAACUUUAACCCUUCUGCACAAUCAAAUCAUGCCAAACUCAACACUCAUCAAAUAUAGAUAAAUAUAGCAGAAAAUUCUUAAGCCAAUCUUAACCACUACAAUCAAGAUAAAGACUAAUAAUUCAAGAAGUAUGAUAAGACUCCCACUUAUGCUGCACUUGAUACCCAAGAGAUUUCAGGCAAGAGUACAUGCAUCGAGACAAAUAUCAAAAAGAACAGACAUUUUCAAAGAAUCUUUGAGUCUUAUAAAGAAGAAGAGGAGCCAAUCAACAUCAACUCCACUUUAGAGAAAACAUUCGACAUGGAUUAAAGCAGUGAAUCAACAUAAAACCAAGUCUUUAUCAGUCCCGCCGAUUUUAAACUCAACCACAACAAAAACUCUCAAAAUUUGACUUUAUAAAGAUAAGUGAAGAAUGAUUCAUAGUAAUUCUAAAGGUAGGAUAAAGUUCUCUUAUCAUCUCAUCAGCAUGGAAAUAAAGAUUUAUAUGAUUAGUUUAACUCUUCUAAGAGAACUGAACAUGAUUCUGCAAAUUCAGUGAUUUCUAUAAAUUUAAGUAGCAAUGAUGAAAGAAGAAGAAUAUUUCAGCCAAAUAUACUCAUUCCAAAACCCUUUGACCUUAGACAAAGUAGCUCAUCUGUGUAAAUUAUAGAGAAUAUUAGCUAACUGCCAGUUUCCCAGUAAAAUUAAUCAUCCUUCCAGUAUUUGAAGUAAAAUCAGGACUUACUAUCUCAUAACUUGAGAUUAGACCAGAGAAAUCCUCAAGAUAAUCCUAGAAUUCAAAACUAGCAUUAAUUCUAAAGCAAGGACAUCUCUUCCGAAAUCUAACUUUUAGGAUAAAAAAGAGUAAUGAGCAGUAACCACAAUUAAUUAUUCUUCAACUCAAUGUCUUAAAACCUUGGCCAAAAAAGAAUAUUUGGAGUCGAGAGAUCACCACAAAGAGUAAAAUGCUUGGAAGGUAUUAACAGGAAAACAGGUAAAAAGCUGACCAGAAACUUUCCUUUGUACACCGACAAUGAAAUAUUCCCAGAUGAGAAAGAUCAAGAUAAGCUCAUGAAAGGAUUAAUUGAAAUGAUGCAAGACGAUGAUGUUGAUACUGAUGAUGACAUUCUUAAUGCAGCCUAUGAUAACUGCAUGAGAGAUCUCAUCAAAGCAAUGAGAGUAGCAAAGGAUACUUCGGAGAAGAAACGCUUUAAAGUUAAUAUGGGAAUGUGUAACAAUUCUAUGAUUUAAGAUAGAGUUAAGAAUCCUCAAAUGUAUGAUAGGAAUGGAGUACGCAAAAUUAUUCCACAUUAAAACAGAUCAACUUAAGACUAGCAAUUAAAGGAGGAUAUUGAUCAAGUUAUUGAUUAAUUCAACACCAAGAUAUCUUGCCCUACAAAGCCUCAGAGAAAUCGUCAAACAGGGAGUAAAUUAUUUCAAAAAAAAUCAAGCCAUUAUCAGAAUAAGUAGCAAGUAGAGUCAUCUGAGAAUGAUGAGGAUUACUUUGAAAGUGAUGAUGAAAGUUAAUCUGAAUCUGAUAUUUGA